UCCGUCACUCUGACCUGCGUCACCAGCUCCGCUCCUUCUUCUUGUUUGUUGUUUAUUUAUUUGUUUGUGUUUAUUUAUCGGUUCCGGUUCCGCUGCUGCUGCUCGGAGUUCCGAUUAAACAAGGUUUGAAUUGUUUUGCUGAGUCUCUGGUAAAUCGUCCUGGUUUCAGUUGGAGUUCGUCUGAUGAACGUCUGACUGAAGCAAAGCCUCCAUCGAUCCUUCCAGCCGCUCCGUCUGCAGCUGCACCAUGCGUGUAUGAUGACUGAGAGCAGCUGCUAUGGCCUGCAGCAGCCGUCAGACCAAUGCAGAAACUCUGGAGGGGUUCCACGAGGUGAACUUGGCCUCGCCCACCACACCUGAUCUUCAGAACCAAGCGGAGCAGCAGCGCCUCACUGCUCGUCACAGCGCCCCGCCCACUUCCCUGUACCGCACCCACUCUCUAGGAGCCGCCCCUCCUGGCCGCCCCGCCUCCCUGCGAGCUGACCAGCUCCCCACGCAGCCCGUGUACUCCUCGCCACGGCACAGCCACAAUGGAAGUGUGCCAGGCCUGGACGCGGAGUCCGCCGAGGGCAACUUCCUGUCCGGAGAGGAAGUUGAGGAGUGCAGCGCGCUGAGCGACAGUCUGUCACGUCUGAGGAGUCCGUCAGUGAUGGAGGUCAGAGAGAAAGGACACGAGAGGCUGAAGGAGGAGCUCGCCAAGGCCCAGAGGGAGCUCCUGUUGAAGGAUGAGGAGUGUGAGAGGUUGAUUAAAAUCAGGGAUCAGCUCGGCCAGGAGCUGGAGGAGCUCACCGCCAGUCUCUUCCAGGAGGCUCACAAAAUGGUCCGAGAAGCAAACGUGAAACAGGCGCAUGCUGAGAAACAGCUGAAGGAAGCUCUGGGAAAGAUCGACGUGCUCCAGGCGGAGGUCCAGGCCCUGAAGACGUUGGUGCUCUCCUCCCCGACCUCCCCCGUGGGCGAGCUCCCCUCUGGAGUGAGGAGCGGCUUCAGGAAGGGUCACAGCAGGAACAAGAGCACCUCCUCUGCCAUCCUGGGGACGCAGCCCGACCCGUCGGCCACGCAGCCCAUCGUACGCGAGUGUAGAGAGGUGGACAUUCAGCUGUUCGGCGAGUUCAAGGCGUGGAGGGAGGAGCCGACGCUCGACCGCAACUGCUGCUUCCUGGAGCGAGUUUACCGUGAGGACAUCUUCCCGUGUCUGACCUUCAGCAAGAGCGAGCUGGGUUCGGCCAUCUUAGAAUCUGUGGAGCAGAACACGCUCAGUGUGGAGCCGGUCGGUUUCCAGACGCUGCCUGUGGUCAAAGCCUCGGCGGUGGAGUGUGGAGGACCAAAUGGUCGCAGGGCCGAGCUCUUCACAAAAUGUGCCCUGAGUGGUCAGACCAAAACCUGCAAGCACAGAAUCAAGUUUGGAGACUCGUCCAACUAUUACUACGUCUCUCCCUACUGUAGAUACAGAAUCACAGCAGUUUGUAACUUCUUCACCUACAUUCGCUACAUCCACCAAGGCCUCGUCAAACAGCAGGACGCUGAGCAGAUGUUCUGGGAGGUGAUGCAGCUCCGCAGGGAAAUGUCCUUGGCCAAGCUCGGCUUCUACAAAGAUCAGCUGUGACGGACACCUCGCCCUCCCUGAAGCCCCGCCCCCCCACCACCACCUGAUUCUGGCUUUCCUGCUCUCAUCCGACCAUUUCAGGAAACCUCCUCUUCCUCCUCCUCCCCCCUGUGUGAGUGUGAAUACCUGUGGUUGUAGUCAAGCAUCACAUCAAACAUAACUCCUCUGGAGGUUUGAUUCCAAAAGAUCUUAUUUCCUUCAUGUAAACCUGAAACACUCCGUUAUAUAAAGAAACUGAUUCAGUCACGAGCUUCAACAUUUGCUUUUCUCUCACUCUGCUCCGAAAUGAAAUAUUAAAACCCUUCAGUCAGUAAAUGAGUAACACGGCUGCAAUAAAUCUUUUUACAUUCCUCAGUUAAAAGAACAGCUUCUGAUUAACGAGAGCAUUUCUUCACAAUCUGAUUCAAGUUGUAAUUUUACAAGAAAAUAUAGAAUUGCAAGAGAAACGAGUAAUGUCUUAGAGUAGUUGUGUGUAUAUAUUUAAUGAAAAAUAGAAAAAAAACCUGCAAUGUUCCGGUAAAACAUUUCUCCCAUGACA